CGGCUAUGUGAACCCCGUUCUUUGCUGAGAGGCCGAGAAAAGACUCUGACUGGAUCCUGGCUAGAUUUGUGAAAGUGUUGAACUGCUGUAGAUUUUAUUAAUCCAAACCAUUGCGGUAUCCAGUUUAAAGUGUAAGAUAUAUUUUGUGUCCUAUUUUUAAUAUUAUUAAUAAUUUAUUACUACCAUAGGAGUGUCAGUUUCCAAAUCUUAACUUGUGUCUUCCUCAGUGCUGCUCAUUGCGUUUAUUCACUGCCAUUUUGGUUUUAGUAGGCUGCCGGUUAGCAAAGCUGCUUUGUGUGAAUUAUUAUUUUAUUCAAUUUGGAGUGAUUAUUAUUCUAAUACCUAAUAAAAAUUUCUACUAGUUAGGAUUUGUGUUGCCCUCCCACUCGGCCACAUUACGUUGUAUUAACUAAAAGAGGAGUGGUAAAGAGUUGGACAAAUGUCGGUGGACAAGGAGGAACUAGUGCAGAGGGCGAAGCUGGCCGAACAGGCGGAGAGGUACGAUGACAUGGCCGGCGCGAUGAAGGCCGUCACAGAGACAGGCGUCGAGCUGUCCAACGAGGAGCGCAACCUCCUCUCCGUAGCCUACAAAAACGUGGUCGGCGCCCGUCGCUCCUCCUGGAGGGUCAUAUCCUCCAUCGAGCAGAAGACCGAAGGCUCCGAACGAAAACAACAGAUGGCCCGCGAGUACAGAGAAAAAGUCGAAAAAGAACUCAGAGAUAUAUGCUACGACGUACUUGGUCUGUUGGAUAGGUACCUAAUUCCCAAAGCGAGUAACGCCGAAAGUAAAGUUUUCUACCUGAAAAUGAAGGGAGACUACUACAGGUACUUGGCCGAAGUAGCAACGGGCGACACAAGAAACACUGUAGUGGAUGACUCACAGAAAGCUUACCAAGAAGCGUUUGACAUUGCAAAAUCAAAAAUGCAACCGACACAUCCAAUUCGGUUGGGCUUAGCACUGAACUUCUCGGUCUUCUAUUACGAGAUAAUCAAUUCCCCAGCCAGGGCUUGCCAUUUGGCCAAGCAGGCAUUCGAUGAUGCCAUUGCGGAACUGGACACACUAAACGAAGACAGCUACAAAGACUCGACACUGAUCAUGCAGCUGUUGAGAGACAACCUGACGCUGUGGACGUCCGACACACAGGGAGAAGGCGACGAGCCACAGGAGGGCGGCGACAACUAAACUACCCCUUUCCUACCCCCGCGUCCCCCCACCCUUCCCGCUCCCCUCCACCCAUUCCUCGUCGUCUCUUAUUCUCUUGCCGCUCCUCUUUGUAAAAAUCUUGUACUCACUUGCAUACACAGUUCUACUUACACACAUAAUAAAUGUUAGCAAUUAUCCAAAGCUAUGCCAUCAUCAAAUCGUAAUGUCAAAUUUGUAAUUCUUUUCUUCUUGUUCUUCACUCCCUUUCCACAUUCUGUGUCAUCGUUUCCUCCAUCAUCUGUCUUUCGUUCUUUUUAUUGCCUUUUGUGUAUGUUCUAAGGUUGAAAUAAUCUUCUAACACAGCCAAAUUGUACAAAAGUGAAUGUUUUUACUGUUUUGUUCGAAAGGAGUAAUUUAAUAUUAGAAUGUUGUUCAAAAUCUAUUUAUAUUGUCUAAAAGCAUUGAAUAAAGUGUUUUCUUAAAGAAGCUGUUAUUGUUAUUAUUUUUCAUUUCAAGAAUGACCUUUUGGAAUAUGGCAUAGCUUUGUCAAUACUUGCUUGAAGGAAAACCAACUAUUUAAAAUGCCUGUUUAUAUCAUGAUCCAGCUUGCCAUCAUCAAAUGAUAAAAAUGAAGAGUUGUUGAAACAUAAUUUGUCUCGUUCACAAAACAAACACAAACCAAUUCACUUUGCGCGAGAAUUCACGUUCACCUCUCAUCAUUAGUCUCAUUAUCUUUAUAAGCAUAUGACAGAACAUUUGAUAAAUAAAUAUGUAAGUGGUUGUGUUGUGAAAGAAACUUUGAUCAGGGUGUUCGAUGGCUUGUCAUAUAUUUCUGUGAAUUUGUACUCUGCCGGUUUUCCUUGGACUUAACUGUUUUCAAUGUCUACCUUUGGAUUAACCUGUAUUCUUGUCAAUUCAGCAACUCAUUGAGAAUGUUCAUAAAUUAUUUUACAAUUGAUCGGUGAUCAGUGAAGAAGUAUAUUACUAUGAGUUUUCUCAUGAUAAAUUUUUAUUCAAAUUAAAAUUCACCCAACACAAGUAAUUGUGCAGUAUAGGUUGUUAACAUUCUUUAUAAAUUGAUUUUUUAUACAGUUCGCUACUUUCUCUCAUAUUUGUACAGAAUAAUGUGUACAUAACUUUCAUUAGUCGAAAAUUACUUGUUUUUUAUAUUAGUAGUUUAUGUAUCUGAAUUAAAAUUCGUUUUGUAUGAGUUCAAUAAAUAUUUGUCAUCCAGGAAUCAGUCUUUUUCAAAGACAUUCACUUCUAAAGUCAACUUCACUUUAAAUGUGCUCUUUCUAAGUAAGUCCUUUUUUAUCUCUUGGAAGUUUUGUAAUAUAGCAUGGUACUAUAUAUCGAUUAUAAUUACUAUAAAAUGUUGAAUGUAUAAUAUAAAAAGCAAGAACAAAUUAAUAAGGAAGUCCUUGAAGUCUGUGUUCAACGUGAUACGCCAAAUGUGAAUUGUUUGAUUGAUGUUGUGCACUUGGAUAUUAACUGCAUUCAAAUUCCCAGCAUGGAAUUCUUAUUGGAAUAUUUUCUACGUGUACUCCCGUCAUUAGAACACAUUCAUUUAUGCCUUUUACUACUACUGUGUGGAUGUUAAAUGUGUACAACCAUGAAAUAUUCCACUAAAAAUUCUUGCACAACUCGUUAUUUUGAAAUUCUUAUUCCUUUAAUCUUAGACGAAAGUAUUAUUUGAGUGAGAAUAAACUUAACAAUAAAAAUCAAAUAGUUACGCUGCGGCUUUGUAUUUAUGUCUGAUGCCAUUUACUAAUUUUUAAGAUUUGUCUAUUGAUUAGUUCAAAUUAUUAAGUGAUCUAAGUUUGAUGUUGAUACAAAUUGACUCGAAAUAAAUAAGCCAACGGUAAUGUAAUUAUGUAAUUUCUUUUCCCAAUUUAUAUGAGGAGAAAUAUAUUCUCAAGUCUGAUUUUUACACUUACUAUUAAUUUAUUCAUAUUUGGCGGAGGUUCCUUCAUCAGGAGUUGAAGUAUUGUGUUGAUGGAAAUUUAUUAAUGUAAACUGAUGUCCCAGUGUAUGGAAUGUAACGAUUGGAAAAUUGUAUGUUAUAUUUAUUCUGUCAAAUUGAUAACCAAAAACCAUCGAUGUUGAUAUUUGAAUAACUUGAAUACGGUAUAUAUUUAUUGGUACGGUAGAAUCUAACGUUGUAACAAUGAUAAUUCAAUUCAGUUUAAUCAAAAUUUCAAUUCAUGUGAAGCCUGUAUUGGAUCAGCCAUGUCGCCUUGAAUUUACCGACCAAUUUCUGACAUCAAUUCUUGAAAAGGAAUUGUUUGAACAAAGCAGCUUGCUCUUUUGUAGUAAAAAUAGAUUUUGACAAUUCCGUACAAAAUGUAUAAAUUAUUUGAAAACUCGAAAUUCCAAUUGAGUAUGAAGAAAGCCAGAUUCAUAAUUUGAUAAGAGCUGAUAGACAAUGUCUGGAUUAAUUCAUAAUUACACAUUGGAUAUACUUUUGUUUUUAUGUUGGCUUAAGGAACUGUCAAUCUUAAUUUCUUGUGACUGAUCAUUCCAUGACUUAGAUAGUUUCAAAGGUCUAAAAUAGAUAGGGAGAUGACAAAGUUCAUCUUGCCCUUGUAUUUCGGCUUGAAAUUUUUAAAUACGAUACAGGUUUUAUUUUUUAAAUUGCAGCCCAUAUAAUGUACAGAGAGCGAGCCAAUAAGUCAAAAAAAUUUCCAAAGUAUUGAAUCACUUUGUUACUGAGGUUUUUUCUAUGUAAAAACCAAAGUUGUAAAUUGUGGAAUCGACUGAAAUAUAUUUCAGUUAUUUACAACAA